AGGGGGGGAGGAGGAGGAGGAGGAGGAGGGGGCGGCCGGUUCCUCACCGGGUGCGCAGUGGCUGCGGACCCCGCAUGGAGCCGAGCGCACGGAGGCGGCUGCGGGCGGCGGGGUGAUGGGCUGCGCUCGGCCUCAGCCCGCCGGGAGAUAGCGGCCAGGGGUGCGUGUGGGGCGGGGGUGCUCGAUCCCAGGGAAGCUGCAGUCGCGCUGGAGGGGAGCGGGCGGGGAUGCGGCGGGCGGGGGCGGCCCGGUGAGGGGCGCGGUGUCCCGGGGCGGGGGGCUCCGGAACGCGGUGCUGGCUCGGUGAGGGUCUCCCCCAGCUCGGUGAGGGUCUCCCCCGGCUCAGUGCGGCUCUGGGCGAGGGUCUCGGCGCGGCUCUGCCCGGGCGGAGCGCGGGGCUCUGCAGCUCUCCGGGGGCUCCUCGGGGUCCGUCGCCACCGCGCCGCCCCUCACCGCCCCCUUCUCCCUCUCUCCCCAGCGAUGCUGCACGGCCCCGCCGCCAUGGGGGAGCCGUGGCCGCCGCAGCCGCAGCAGCAGCGGCUCCCGGGGCCGGGCAACGCCUCGGAGCCCCCCGCCUGGCCCUCGGCGGCGGCGGCCGGGCCGGGCACGGCGGCUCCGGGCGGCGGGGCCGCGGCCGCGGGCUCGGUGAGCCCCUGGGACAUCGCGCUGUGCGCCACGGGCACGGCGGUGGCGGGGGAGAACGCGCUGGUGCUGGCCGUGCUGUUCUACACGCCGAGCCUGCGGGCGCCCAUGUUCCUGCUGAUCGGCAGCCUGGCGCUGGCGGACCUGCUGGCCGGCCUGGGGCUGGUGGCCAACUUCGCCGUGCGCUACCUGCUGCGGCCGCCCAGCGAGGCGGCGGAGCUGGCGGCGGCGGGGCUGCUGCUGGCCGCCUUCUCCGCCUCGGUCUGCAGCCUCCUGGCCAUCACGGUGGACCGCUACCUGUCGCUGUACAACGCGCUCACCUACCACAGCGAGCGCACGCUGGGCUUCACCUGCGCCAUGGUGCUGCUGAUGUGGCUGCUGUGCCUGGGCGUGGGGCUGCUGCCGCUGCUGGGCUGGAACUGCCUGCGGGACCAGAGCUCCUGCAGCAUCCUGCGGCCCGUCACCAAGGACAACGCGGCCGUGCUGGCCGUCACCUUCCUGCUCCUCUUCGCCCUCAUGAUGCAGCUGUACCUGCAGAUCUGCAAGAUUGCCUUCCGGCACGCCCAGCAGAUCGCCGUGCAGCACCAGUUCAUCGCCACGGCGCAGGCCACCUCCACCCGCAAAGGGCUCUCCACGCUGUCGCUCAUCCUCGGCACCUUCGCGCUGUGCUGGAUCCCCUUCGCCAUCUACUCGCUGGUGGCCGACUCCAGCUACCCCGCCGUGUACACCUACUCGCUGGCGCUGCCCGCCACCUGCAACUCGCUCAUCAACCCCAUCAUUUACGCCUUCAGGAACCCGGACAUCCAGAAGUCGCUGUGGCUGGCCUGCUGCGGGUGCGUCCCUUCCACGUUCUCCUCCAGACCAAGGACAUCCAGCGACGUGUGAGGACUGAGCCGCCGGUGCUCCCCGGCUCUCCUCCUCCUCCUCGUUUUCCCCUUCUGUCGUUGUUGUUCCCUACCGGGAGGAGCCCCCCGGCCCGGUCAGCACAUCUCGUUCCAUGGAAAGACGGCCAAAAAGAGAAAGGAAAAAAGCAGAAGGGAAAAAAAAAAAAUGGAAAUGAAAGAAAGAGAGAGAGUAGAAUGAUAAUGGUCUCCUUUAGAAAUGUUAUUUUCUUACACAUUUUAUUUUUUAUUUAAAAACACAAAACACACAAAAAAAAAAAAAAGAAAAAAAGAAAAAAAGAAAGAAAGAAAGAAAGAAAGGGGGAAAAAAAAGACAAGAAAAAGGAUCCUCGCACGGUGGCGUUGUCUGCUCUCGGGGUAAGGAGCCAGGGGAGCAGCGGGCCCCACCCGGGUGGUCCCACGCCUCGGAGCACAUCCCAUGGGAAGGCCACAGGAGCGGGGGGCGGGAGGGAGGUGUCGCGUCCCCCCGGCGGGGCUGGUCCCCACGCGUGGGGUGUCCGUGCCCCCCGAAAUCAGGGCCUGCGAUGCUAUGCAAUAACGGGGGCGCCUUCAGCACCGCGGGGGAGGAGAGCUCCUGCCGGGGGGGACACGGGCGCUCCCGGCGCCUCCGUGUUUGCCAAGCGCUUGGUGAAAGACGCUUUGGGUGUGGCUUUGGGGGCUGUGGCAGGGACGGGGGUACCCGGGGAACCCGUUCCCUCCUUCCCCCCCUCCCCGAAAAUGCGGCUGGGGCAGGGUUGGCGGUGUGGGGGUGGUGAGGGCAGCCGGGGUGCCCUGCACCCCAAAGCCUGGGAGGCCGGGGAAGGGCUCUCCUUGUCCAGCUGGUGCUGCUUUCCCCCCUCCACACGAGUUGUUUACAUGGGGUGGGAUUUUCAUCCAAAGAGGGGUCCGGGCUUGCUGGAGCCCCCGAGAGGGAAGCCUCUGUCACCACACGUGUCACUGCUGAUGCUGCCACUUCACUUUGCUUCCUCAGAAGCGCCAGCCCCGACAUUCCUGUGCGUGUGAUGUGCUCUGUGGUGUUAGUGAGACCUUUGAUGAAGUGUCCUUUAUCCUGCGCUUUCUUUUGGCCGGGAGGCGGAAUCGUGCAUUCACUGAUGAAGCAGGAAGGAAUCCGAGCAAGCCCCGGAGAGGUGGCAGGGCUGGGGGUGGGACCCCCGGGGUGGCUCAGGGCACGGGGGUCCUGCCAUGGGAGGCUUGGGAGACCCUCCAGCAGCUGAGCCUGGUACCCAAAUGUUCUGAUUUGCUGUAGAGAAAUUGUGAUGUUGGAGAGGGGCUUUGGCGUGGUGUGUAGUGACAGGACACAGGGAAUGGCUGCCAGGGCCAGAGGGCAGGGCUGGAUGGGAGAUUGGGCAGGAAUUGUUCCCUGGCAGGGUGGGCAGGCCCUGGCACAGGGUGCCCAGAGCAGCUGUGGCUGCCCCUGGAUCCCUGGCAGUGCCCAAGGCCAGGCUGGACACUGGGGCUGGAGCAGCCUGGGACAGGGGAAGGUGGCACUGGAUGGGCUUUAAGG